AUGCCCCCGAAACCUUCCCUCCCUCCCCUCCCGGCCAACUUUCACGACCUGUACGCCUCCACCGUCCGCCAGAGCACCGUCGAUGACCCUUCGCUGCACCAGGGCCGCAAGCGGCUAAACCCGCACGACGGCUUCCUCGACUCCAUCACCACCGCCGUGCACGCGGCAUCCAUCGGCCCCUUCUACAUAGAGCCCUACACCCUCAAAUUCUUCCGUUCCCCCGACUCGGACCGCACGUUUCUCGUCCUCGGCGUCCGCCCCCGCGUCGCCGUCGUCGACUGCCUCUCACGCUCCCAGAAACCCCUCACGACUCUACUUCGAAAAUGCAACGCUGCUGCGCAGUCGCUUCACCUGCCCUUGCUCUACCAAAAGCCGGGCGGUUCUGGUCCUGACGAGAAUGCGUUCCACAUCUCUCUCGCCUGGACGCUCGACCAUGUUCCCGACGCCGAUCGGGUGCUCGGCCGAGACGACCGCCAUCCGGAGACGCCAUUGGAUAGGAUCAAGGAAUGGGCACUGGAGGUUAGCGGCGUCAAGGUCAAGAUUGGAAACGUGGUCACUCAUGUGGGCCUGGAUAAAAACGGGGGCAUGUCAAAGAAGGCCCUUUUCGAUUGGUAG